UUUUCCGGUGGGGCUGCGGUGGCAUCAGUUUCAGAGCCUCUGGCCCAGCAGCCCCGCCAGGAGGAAGCUCCCUGCAGACGUGGCCCAGCGGGCCUGCAGCAGCCACGGGCCCCAGAGGAAGUGAGCCGCUCACCCCCGCCUCUCGCCGGCCUCUGGGGCCCCCGGCGACCUGGGAACCCGGAACCUGCUUUGGUUUGGAACCUCGGACCACCAUUCGAGACCCGUGGCCUUCAUUUCCUGGUGUGGGCGAAGCAGCCAGGGCUGGCGAGGCAGGGAUGGAGCCGGAGUCCCUCUACAACCUGCUGCAGUUCCCAGGGAAGGUGGACCCACCGGCGGCAGAAACACUGGCACAAGGAGAGAAGAGGAAGUACCUGCCCCCCACCUCCCGGAAGGAUCCCAGAUUCGAAGAAUUGCAAAAGGCACUGAUGGAGUGGAUCAACACUGAGCUCCUUCCUGAGCACAUCGUGGUCCGCAGCCUGGAGGAAGACAUGUUCGACGGGCUCAUUCUGCACCACCUGUUCCAGAAGCUGGCGGGACUCAAGCUGAACGUGGAGGAGAUUGCCUUGACCUCAGCCAGCCAGCGGCGCAAGCUCACGGUGGUGCUGGAGGCCGCCAACAAGAGCCUGCAGGUGGAGGAGUCGCAGGCCAAGUGGAGCGUGGAAAGCAUCUUCAACAAGGACCUUCUGGCCACGCUGCAUCUCCUCGUGGCCCUGGCCAAGCGCUUCCAGCCCAGCCUGCCCCUGCCAGCCAACGUCCAGGUGGAAGUCAUCACCAUGGAGAGCACCAAGAGUGGCCUGAAGUCGGAGAAGUCAGUGGAACAGCUCACUGAGUGGAGCACAGACACGGACCAAGCUUCGAAGGAUGUCUUUGAUGAAUUAUUUAAGCUGGCUCCGGAGAAAGUGAAUGCUGUGAAAGAGGCCAUCGUGAACUUCGUCAACCAGAACCUGGACCGCCUGGGCCUGUCUGUGCAGAAUCUGGACACCCAGUUCGCAGAUGGAGUCAUCCUGCUGCUGCUGAUUGGACAGCUGGAAGGCUUCUUCCUGCACCUGAAGGAAUUCUACCUCACUCCCAACUCGCCUGCGGAAAUGCUGCACAAUGUCACCCUGGCCCUGGAGCUGCUGAAGGACGAAGGCCUCCUCAAAUACCCUGUCAGCCCCGAAGACAUUGUGAACAAGGACGCCAAGAGCACGCUGCGGGUCCUCUACAGCCUGUUUUGCAAGCACAAGCUGAAACAAAGCGCGGACGGGGUGCCCAGGGGAUCCCCAAAUUAACCCUCAGUGUCCCCCAACGCUGCCUCUCAGAGACCCAGCUGGAGGGCCCAGGGCUGCAGAGGGAUCCCCCGCCUCGCCCCGUGCGGCCCGCCCCGGGGCCUCCUAUUCUUCCUGAGGAUCUGUGGUGCGCCUGCGCAGAGCCCCCGCCCCCCCCCCCAUCUCCUACUUCCAUCCGUCUGAAUAUCUUUGAACCCACUAGGUGUGGAUUUGUUCAGAGCCAACCUCUGGCCUUGUUCAGUUUAUUUUAACAAAUGUAUUUCUGGGGUGGGGGGUUGGGGGGGCAGCCGGUAUCCCGGGAGGAUGCCUGAGUAUGACCUGAGCCUGCAUGCAGCCCCCCCUCCCCAGGGGGCGGGCGUGGGAGGUGCCCAGGGCCUCCGAGGCCUCUUCCGGGGUAGCUGGAAGCCCUGACAUGCUGACCUUCACGGGGGCUGAGGGUCUGGCUCCGGAGCAGGUGUCAGGGCUGAUGGCAGAGGCCCACCUGCUUCCCACAUAGGGUGAUGGGCCCCAGCAUCGCCCUCCAGGGGCAGGAUCUCCACAUGGCUCCCAAACCAGGCCCCUGUGCCUCUCAGGAAAGUUGAAUCCGUUACUUGCCAGAAAAGCGAGGCCCAGGCUCGCCCCUACGGCUGAGCGUCGCCCAGAAAUCACAGAAAAGGCAUUUUUGUGGUUGAUGAGCAGUCACUCUUGUCUCCGAGUCUGUCCCCAGGGAGCUGCCGCAUCACUCCCUCCAGGGAGACUUGCCACUUGCUGGGUUCAUCUCUCCUAGAAAAAGACCCUGGAGAGAGACUGAACAGGACUGUUCCAGGAGCUGACCUCUGAUGGCCACCAGCCUGGAGGAGGCAGGGUGGCAGGGGGGAGGGCCGGCAGGGGAGGGCUGGCAGGGGCGGGCUGGGGCAGGCACCCCCCUGGCUGGUGCUGGGCUCCUCCCCUGCUCUUUCAGCUCCAAGCCCCCCCACAAACCCUGAGGAGGACAGAGCCCACCAGGUCUGGGGACCGCACACUUUGACAGCCCCGGAUUGGGGAGGGGCUUUGGGACAGCCAGCUGGCCGGGGCCAGGCCAUCUUUGCCGGACCAGCUGGAGGAGCUUGGAGGAUGUCUUACAAGGAGUGACAUCAGGAACCCUUGGGGUUGGAGUCUGAGGGUGGGGUGGUCUCAAGUGGUCUCCUCUUCCCUCCACGCUCCCUCAUCCAUCUGCUCCCCUUACCUCUUGAUCCAUAGGAAUUAGUUAGGUGUAGACGAGGCCAUGAGGGCAGGGCCCCUGUGAUGGGAUUAGCAUCCUCAUCAGAAGAGAGAGACAGGUCAGAACGCUCUUUCCCCACGUGAGGACGCAGCCAGAAGGUGGCCGUCUGCAAACCAGGAAGAGAGCCCCCACCAGGAACCACAUCAUCCAGCACCGUCAUCCUGGACUUCUCAGAUGCCGGAACUGUGAAAAAUAAAUAUCUGUUUUUAAAAGCCA